AUGGCAGUUUCUCGUCAAAUUGGAUUUAAGAGACCCGUUUUCGAUCCGAAGCCAACGAAAUCUCCGAGUGCUGGUAGUGCUUUGGAGAGUAUAUCGUCGUUACCGCAAUUGAUUCAGUUUAACGCACGAGAGAACCCGAACCACAUCUUUGCCCUUCAAUCGGAGCUAGUUAAGAAUAGCCUUACAGGACGAGGAGAGAACUCGUAUAAUGCAAUUGCGAUCAACUUCAAGCAGCUUGACCAAAUGGUAUGUCGUUGUGCUGACUGGAUACGGCGAGUUGCAAUACCCGUAAACCAAAAUGGAGAACUUUUUGAGGAGCGGCCUAUUGCGAUUUUUCUAGAGAGUGGUGUUGGGCUUUUCCUCCAUCUCGCGGCUCUAUUGUCGUUGAAUAUUCCGGUUUUGCUGGUAUCUGCCCGUCUGAGCUCGACAAGUAUACUCCACCUUCUGCGAAAGACGGGUGCCAAAAUCAUUCUAGCGUCUCAGCGGACCAAAUCCUCUUUGUCCGAAGAUAUUCACAGCUCAGCCCAAGUUGUCGAAGUUGAGCCGUACUGCACAUAUAUGGCACAGAAGCCCGACACCAAUAUCAACGAGGUUGAGAACGCUCCCAGAUAUGAACCUCCACAACGAGAUGCGAAUGAUAUAAACGCAUUGAUUCUUCAUUCUUCUGGUACUACUGGCCUCCCAAAACCAAUAUACCUUGCUCAUAGGUACAUCCUUGGGUAUGCCGCUUGUCACCAAUUCGCCGCUGAAGAGGAGAUAGAUUGGAUUAAUUUAUCCACUUUACCGCUCUACCACGGCUUUGGUCUCCUGGCGCCGUGUCUCAGCCUCUCAAUUGGUAUGACAUGCUGCUUUCCCCCGUCCUCUAUUAUACCGGCAACGAAUUCGACUUUGGAUCUAAUUAGAAAGUUCGGAUGCCGUUCAUUGAUGACAGUUCCGAGCAUCAUUGACGAUAUUCACUGUUUAUCCGACAAGAAAGAGCGAAACGGAGCCCUGGAACUACUAGCCGGUCUCGAAUUUCUAGCUGUUGGUGGCGGGGCGUUGAAAACAGACACCGGUGCUAAACUAGUUCAGCACAAUAUAAAACUCUUGAAUCACUACGGUGUGACAGAGAUUGGGGCUAUAGCGCCCAUAUUCAGGCCUGGGUCGGAUUACAACUGGAGAUUUCUUCGUUUGCGCUCCGACUUGGGCCUCGAACUUCACCCAAUCAAGAAUUCUCCACACUUUCGACUCGUGGGUUAUCCGAUCGGCUGGGGAAAACCCUUCGAAGUACAGGACGAGCUGGAGCGUAAUGAAACAUCCAGCCAUGUUGAAGUCAGAAUUCUUGGUCGUAGUGACGACGUCAUCGUCCUGAAAACCGGAGAAAAGGUCCAGCCUCGGCUACUCGAGGACACACUUAACAUGGAUCCUGUAAUACAGACGGCUGUCUGUGUUGGAAACGGCUUUUUCGAGCUAGCGAUUAUCAUAGACAUCAUCAGCGAUGAUAUUGAUGCUAGGGCAGCAACGGAUCAUGUGUGGAAAUUAAUACAGACUAUAAAUCUGUCAGUUGAUCACCAUGCACGUAUCACAUCACGACACGCAAUAAUCAUCAAGCCAGCCGAGAAACAGAUACCGCGGUCUGACAAAGGAUCGGUCAUGAGACAGGCUGUACAUGAAAUCUUCAGGGAGGAAAUCUGUAAUGCUUACAAUGCAAUGGAGCUAGACACGUUGGAAGAUGGAUUUUCGUUUGACACCUCAGACAUGGAGUCAACAAUUAGACACCUCGUUACAGCUGUCGCUCAGAAUCGCCUGAGUGGUGAGAACUUAGGCGCAGACGAAGACCUUUUCGAAAGAGGCAUGGACUCACUACAAGCAGUGCGUCUUGCUCGACUACUCGGUUCAGGGUUACGACAAUCAAGAUACGGAGCUCAAAUUCGAACGGUACAGAUUUCGGCUGACUUCAUCUAUCGAAAUCCAACAGUAAGGGCGUUGGAGGCCGCAAGCCUACAUCUGAUUGAUCCACAAGCCAAGCUCAAGACUGACGAGCGCGACGACCGUGCUCUUCAGAUGAAAUUACUUGCAGCUGAGUUUAUCGAGGGAUGGAGCGAUCAGGCGGCUAUACAUACUGAGAAGCAUACAAUUCUGAUGACCGGAUCGACAGGCAACCUAGGCGCUCAUACUCUAGCUAGAUUGGCUCGCAUCAAAUCGAUUGAAAAAAUUAUCUGUCUCAUCCGUUGCCAUCAACCAGGAUCCAAGUCGGCUGACUCAACGUUGAAUCGAGAUAAAGCCCAGUCAAAUCUCCUGGAUCGUCAGGAACGCGCAUUUGAGGUGGCCGGAAUAUGCCUCAAGCCUCACGAGUGGGAGAAAAUUGAAAUUCUCGAUCUGGAAUCGAUAGUUGAAGAAAACGAUGUAGUGAGGCCCCAGGCAUCCAACCUGGCCCAUCGGAUCACACAUAUCCUCCACCUGGCAUGGCCAAUGGACUUUCAGCGUAGGCUCGACAGUUUCAAACCUCACAUUAGGCUAUUGCAAACACUAGUCAAGUUGGGACAAAACGCAUUUGUGGCAAGGAAGAAGGAACCCAUACGGUUGCUCUUCUCUUCCUCGAUUGCUGUGGUAAGACAUCACGGAGAUGUUGUUCCUGAGUCCGCUAUGCAAGAUCCACUCGUCUCAGUGCCAAUGGGCUAUGCGGAGGCGAAAUGGAUAUGCGAAACGUACCUCAACCAUGUGUCGACGCGCCUCUCAGGAGUCGAACCCAUCGUAGUUCGAGUAGGGCAGCUUAGUGGACCAGAAAGGACAUCUGGCGUGUGGAAAACAGAAGAGCACUUACCCGCGUUGGUACAGGCUAGCCAGAAGAUAGGAGCAUUCCCCAAGCUAGAUGGAGUGGCAUCAUGGAUGCCAGUUGAUCGCGCUGCGCUCUCGCUUGUUGAGAUGCUGAUGCACCAGGGCAAAGUUCCUAUAUUCCUUCAUCUAGAAAACCCAGUGCGCCAACCACUGAACGACAUCUUUACGAUCAUGGCGCAUGAAUUACGGCUGCAAAAACCAUUCAUGAUAUCCUUCGACCAGUGGCUGCAGCGGGCGUCAGAGGCCGGGGAGAUCCGCUCGCUGGAGAGCUUUUACAGGGAUCAUUUCAGAGAACUGGCUGGAGGAGCAGUGAGGCUUGAUACAAUCGAAGCGCGGCGCAUUUCAAAAUGCCUGUUAGGAUCAAGGGCGAUUGAGAAGGAGCUGAUCAUAGAGUAUGUGCGUAGAUGGCAACGCGAUGGUUUUUUAAGGUAG